AGCACCACUCCGUCUGCCUCCGCCCACAAGUCAUGCUACGGACAGGGCUGCAACAUUUUCAGCCAAACUACAAGGAAACAUAAACGCAAAGUCGCCAAUUUCACUGAACAUACCAAGUUGAACGAUUCUUCUUCUAGACACAUCUGGUGGCGCGACAUUUCCGCUGGUUAGCGGGUGUACGCAUGGGAGUGAUCCGGCAAAAGCAAAGGCAGAAGGUUGUAUCCUAUUCGUUAGUGGCAGCCUGGUGGGAGGAGCCAUGAGUGAGGGGGAGGGGCUCUUCCACAGCGUGCAGGUGGGUGACUCCACCUUCACUGUGCUGACCCGCUAUCAGCAGCUCCGCGCCAUCGGGUCUGGUGCCCAGGGCAUUGUCUGCUCGGCCCUGGACAGUGUCCUUGGGGUCCCUGUGGCGGUGAAGAAACUGAGCCGGCCCUUCCAGAAUCAGACCCAUGCCAAGCGGGCCUACAGGGAGCUGGUGCUGCUCAAGUGCGUCAAUCACAAAAAUAUUAUUAGGCUGCUGAAUGUCUUCACACCACAGAAUUCACUGGAGGAGUUCCAGGACCUCUACCUGGUGAUGGAACUGAUGGAUGCCAGUCUGUGCCAGGUCAUCCACAUGGACCUGGACCAUGAGAGGAUGUCCUACCUGCUCUACCAGAUCCUCUGUGGCAUCAGACACCUGCACUCUGCUGGCAUCAUCCACAGGGACCUGAAGCCCAGUAACAUAGUGGUGAAGUCUGACUGUACUCUGAAGAUCCUGGACUUUGGGCUGGCCAGAACAGCCUGCACUAACUUCAUGAUGACCCCUUACGUUGUGACCCGAUACUACAGAGCACCAGAAGUCAUCCUGGGCAUGAAGUACAAAGAGAAUGUGGACAUCUGGUCAGUGGGAUGCAUCAUGGGAGAGAUGGUGAAGGGUAGCGUUAUAUUCCAGGGCACGGAUCACAUUGACCAGUGGAACAAGGUGAUUGAGGUUCUGGGCACGCCCCCCAUGGAGUUUAUGAACCGUUUGAUGGAGACUGUGAGGAACUAUGUGAUGAACAAGCCCCAGUACCCAGGGGUCAGCUUCUCUCAACUCUUCCCUGACUGGGCCUUCCCGGCAGAGACAGAGCAGGAUCAACUCAAGACCAGUCAAGCGCGGGACCUGCUGUCCAAGAUGCUGGUGAUUGACCCAGAGAGCCGUAUUUCAGUGGAGGACGCCCUGGACCACCCCUACAUCCACAUGUGGUAUGACCCAGGAGAGGCUGAUGCGCCACCACCACAGAUAUCUGAUAAACAGCUGGAGGAGCGAGAACACAGCAUCGAACAGUGGAAAGAGCUGAUCUAUGACGAGUUGAUGGACUGGGAGGAGAGGAACCAGAAUGGAGUGACAAAGGAGGACUGCGCAGAUGAAGUGGUGAACCACAGUGCUACAGCUUCCCAGUCGUCCUCUACGAGUGACUUCUCCUCCAUGUCCACUGAGCAGACCUUGGCCUCUGACACAGACAGCAGCUGUGUUGACACCCUCACGGGGGCGCUAGAGGAGUGACUGUGAGCCUCUUUCCAACCUGACAUCUCUGUUUCUUUUUCAAUCAUCACUAACUCUCCAUCUUCUUAGGUAGCACUUUUCGUAUGAAUUAAUACUGUCUAUUUUUACUUUGUGUCCCCCUGGAUAGUAAAUCAUACAACCACUUUUUUUUGUAAACUGAAAAUGAUUCACUUUUAAAUUGAUCUCUCUUUCUCUGUCACUCUUUCCCUAUCUCUCUUGUAAAUAGCAAAUUCAUAAUGUACCAUGGAUCACAUAGCUAAGUCAUGCACCACUUGUUGUCCAAGCCAAGAGCACAUACUGUUCAAUGUGUAGCUUGACCACCUACAGUGUCAGUAUAAAGUACUGUAUAUGUAUUAAACUAGGGCUAGGUUAUAAUGUCUUAUGACUAUUUUGUCAUCAGAAAUAUCUAAUGAUGAACAAAAGACAUUGCUGCAUGUUACUAGAAAUGAAUACUUGAUUACACAUAGAAACAACUGUGAUGCAAGAUCUUCAUGUAUUUCCAUCCAGAGGACAUUAACCUCCUCUGUGUGAAGAAACAGUACUUGGCUCUCUGGUUAGGGUCGUUCCAAAGGAGGGUAAAGAGUGAUACAUUUUAUGCAUGUUAUGUGUGUUCAUGUACAUAAGUAUCUAUCUAUACUGAUAUUGUGUGUUUAAAUGUAUUGAUUGUUGUGACGCUGAGACUGGGUUUUACAGCUGCUCCAAAUAUGCUGAGGCAUAAAAACUGUACAAAAUACAUCCAUUUAUUUUGGAACAAACUAUUGUUGAAAUGCAAUGGGAAACAUUUCAGAAAUGUGUUGGUGUUGAAAGAUGUAUUAUGAAUUAUGAUGAAACUUAAGGGGAAAAGACAAACGGUGGAUACAUUGCACUUUCUAGACAAUUUCACCUUAAAGUCAUUCCAAUAAUAAUAUUGAUAAAAGAGGGAUACAAUCAUGCAUUCAGUUCUUUUUCAGAUUGUUUCUAAAAAUCGUAUGACUAUCCAAACUACCCCUAAACACAAGCAACAUGCAACUGUGUAAUCUUCCCAUCAGUCUUGAGUCUCUGUACUCAAGAAACAUUUAAGAUACCCGCUCAUUCUCAAUCCUUCAAUGGGGCAAUGUUGAAUCUAUCCUCUAAUGCUUUACUGUGUGUUGAUUGACGUUAUACCGAUACGUCUGUUUGGAACCUCUGUCGAACCUCAGUGUGGUGACAGGAGAAAUGUUCAAGGGGAAACCAAAGACAGGUCUCACCACUGAUAGGUAGCUUUCUUUCAUUUUGUUUUUUUUCCACCCCAUUACUGGUGUCCAGAGCACUCUCAGUGCUGGACCAUUAACUGAACAUGUGUGUGUAACUCAGAGCAACGCUCCUCGGCUGAUACAGUACGUCAUGUAUUUUUUGAGAGUACAGUGGACAUGGUCCUUGGGACUUGAAAAUCAACACUGGCAACACCCACAUUGACUUGGGAAUCUUGAUAAUUCUGGACCUUGAUGUCCUGAGAAAGAGCCUUGUACCUGACUGACAGAUCUGCUGGGGACAAACUGGACUGGAGCGGUGUUCACAGUGGAACUCUGCUGGGGGCAGAUUUACGGGAAACCAUCCGACCUUACUCAAUAUGUACUCAUCUUGCCUUAAGCAAUCCACCCUGCGUGUCAUGAACUUCAUCUUCACAACUAAGGUGCAGCGAUCAGUGUUUUACUUUGAGUGACUGCUGUUGAUUUGUUGGUUUUAUGCCCGUCUACCUGUCCUGUUCUUUUGUGUGCCGUUUCAGAACAAACUCAGAUUCAACCAUAUUGGCCUUUAAGUUUAUUCUGCUUUUUCAUCCAAUAGUAAAGUAAAGAAGGAGGAUAACUGUCUGAAGGUGCUUCUCCUCUCUGAAUAGUAAAGCACACUGUCUACUCUGUC